UGGCAGCAAGCAAUAAGAGUUGGUCACCUUAACGUUACAUCAUGUGCAUUUAAAAAAAUUUAAUAAUAUUAACUAAAUUUCGUGAAAUUGCCUCUCUGCAACUGGAUUCUAGUCGGCAAUGUACGGUUAUUGGAAGUUCGAGCCACGCUUUCCACGAAUUUCCAUUUGAGAACGCAUCAGUUGAGGGGCAACCACUAAAAGAAUAGAAAAACCCGGGGAGGAAAAUAAAUACAAAUAUAAUAUAAAACAAAUACAAAUAUGAGCGAGAGUGGCAAUAAUCAGUUUUGUGACGUUGAUUUUUGAGCAAAUACCCCAAAAGCAAAAUAACACACAAGAAACAGAGAUAUUUAAGUUUUGAGUUUUUGGUUGGUGGAGAAGUUGGCGAAGUUGUCGAAGUUGGAGUCUAAAGAACCGAAUCCCUAGGCUGCAUACCUUUUGUUUUGUAUCGCAAUUCUCUUCUUCCCAAAAACCAUCUGCAAAACCUAUAAUCACCUAUAAACCGGAUCCCGAAAUGGCGGCCUACUUGAACCGCACCAUCUCGCUGGUGACCGGGCAAACGGGCCCCGCCGACGACGACCGUCACGCUUCCUCCACGGACACGGUGGACAAAUCCGGACCCGGAUCCCCCCUAUCCCGGCUCAACUCAUCGCUGCAACCAUCCGGUUCCACCAUGGCCGCCAAUCUGCUGCCGGAAUCGCGGCUCUAUCAAUCCAACGACAAAUCACCGCUCCAGAUUUUUGUGCGCGCCAAGAAGAAGAUCAACGACAUCUACGGCGAGAUCGAGGAGUAUGUCCAUGAGACGACCACCUUCAUCAACGCCCUGCACGCGGAGGCGGAGAUCGUGGACAAGGCGGAACGGGAGCUGUUCGAGAGCUAUGUUUACAAGGUGGCCGCCAUUCGCGAGGUACUGCAGCGGGAUCACAUGAAGGUGGCCUUCUUCGGGCGCACCUCGAACGGCAAGAGCUCGGUCAUCAAUGCCAUGUUGCGCGAGAAGAUCCUGCCCAGUGGCAUCGGGCACACCACGAAUUGCUUCUGCCAAGUGGAGGGCAGCAAUGGCGGCGAGGCGUAUCUGAUGACUGAGGGCUCCGAGGAGAAGCUCAACGUGGUGAACAUCAAACAACUGGCGAACGCCUUGUGUCAGGAGAAGCUCUGCGAGAGCAGUUUGGUGCGCAUCUUUUGGCCAAGGGAACGCUGCAGCCUGCUGCGCGACGAUGUCGUCUUUGUGGACUCUCCUGGCGUGGACGUGUCGGCCAAUUUGGACGAUUGGAUCGACAACCAUUGCCUUAACGCCGAUGUCUUUGUGCUGGUCCUGAAUGCCGAGUCAACGAUGACGCGUGCCGAGAAGCAAUUCUUUCACACCGUAUCCCAGAAACUGAGCAAGCCGAAUAUCUUCAUUCUGAACAAUCGCUGGGAUGCAUCGGCCAACGAGCCCGAGUGCCAGGAAUCGGAACUGGCUAAGGUCAAGUCUCAGCACACAGAACGCUGCAUCGACUUCCUCACCAAGGAGUUGAAGGUGAGCAACGAAAAGGAGGCGGCCGAAAGGGUUUUCUUCGUUUCCGCCAGAGAAACGCUGCAGGCGCGCAUCGAGGAAGCCAAGGGCAAUCCGCCGCACAUGGGCGCCAUUGCCGAGGGAUUCCAGAUACGCUAUUUCGAGUUCCAGGACUUCGAGCGCAAGUUCGAGGAGUGCAUCUCGCAGAGUGCGGUAAAAACCAAGUUCCAGCAGCACAGUUCGCGUGGCAAGAGUGUUUCCGGGGACAUGAAAUCAAUGCUGGACAACAUUUACGAGCGAAUCACCAUAUUCCGCAAUCUGAAGCAGGACCAGAAGAAUCUGCUUACCGAACGCAUUCAGGGCACAGAGACGCAGAUGAUGCAGGUCACGCGGGAAAUGAAGAUGAAGAUCCACAACAUGGUGGAGGAGGUGGAAGAGAAGGUGUCGAAGGCUCUGAACGAGGAGAUCUGGCGCCUGGGCGUCCUCAUUGACGAGUUCAACAUGCCCUUCCAUCCGGAGCGUCUGGUUUUGAACAUCUACAAAAAGGAAUUGAAUGCCCAUGUGGAGAGUGGUCUGGGCAGCAACCUGCGCGCUCGUUUAUCCAUGGCCCUGGCCAUGAACGUGGAGUCCGCACAGACGGAGAUGACCGAUCGCAUGCACGCCCUGGUGCCCAACGAGCAGCUGCUGGCCACCAGCACCAAGUUGGUGGUGCGCACACAGCCCUUCGAGAUGCUCUACUCACUGAAUUGCCAGAACCUGUGCGCCGACUUCCAGGAGGAUCUGGAGUUCAAAUUCAGCUGGGGCAUCGCGGCGAUGAUCCAGCGCUUCACCGGCAAGGUGCGCGAGCGCAGCAAGAAGGGGCAGCCGGCGCUGGUCCAUCGACAGAGCAGUAUUGGACACAGCGUAUCGACGCCGGCCACCACGCCCGUGGAAGCCACUCCUGUGUGUCUACUGCCCGCUCCUGGUGUCGCCGGCAUUACGCCCGAGCAGCUGUCGCUGAUCUCACGCUUUGCGGUGUCCUCCAUUGGAUCGCAGGGCACCGUUGGUGGCCUCGUCGUCGCCGGCAUCAUGCUGAAAACCAUUGGCUGGCGCGUGCUGGUGGGCGUGGGCGCCCUCUACGGCUGCAUCUACCUGUACGAGCGGCUCUCGUGGACCAAUUCCGCCAAGGAGCGCACCUUCAAGUCACAGUAUGUGCGCCAUGCCACCAAGAAGCUCAAGAUGAUCGUCGACCUCACCUCGGCCAAUUGCAGCCACCAAGUGCAGCAGGAACUGUCGAGCACCUUUGCCCGUUUGUGCCGCACCGUUGACACCGCCACCACGGACAUGAACGAUGAGCUCAAGACGCUGGACUCGCAGCUCAACAUCCUGGAGGCGAACCAGAAGCAACUCAAGCUGCUCCGCAACAAGGCCAACUACAUACAGAACGAGCUGGACAUCUUCGAGCAUAACUAUAUAUCGCCGCAGUAGUGGAACACCGAGGUGGCUCAGGCGGGCGAUCGAAAGGAUCAGAAAGGGAAAACACAAGAACAAGAAAGUGGAUGGUCAUAGAACUCAAGGGAAGACAAACACCCAAACGACUACAACAACAUUAAUGCACUACGUAUUAGUUGCUCAACUCUCAGUUUUCUCUCCUUCUUUUUUUUUUGUAGGAAAAUGCAUGAUUUGAGCCAAUUGAUUGGUACCUCUUUAUUCUCUUUUGUUUAAACAAAUUGUUGUUCUUGUUGAGAGUUAUUUUAAUUCCUAACAGGCACUAUUGCUAGUGUGAUUAUUUAAUUUUUUUGUAAUUGUUGACCCCGAAACACACAUACAUAUAUAUUCUAUAUACAUUACGAGUAUCCAAACCACUGUGAGCAUGGCCGGGCGCCAUGGAAAAGCAAGUUAUGAUGAAUUAUACAGCAUGAUAACCCCAGAAAGCGAAUGCCACUGAUUUACCCUACCCUUUUUCCCCUUAAUAGAAAGCCUAGUAAUUAUA